AUGUCGACACUCACGCGCGCGUUCACCCGACGCAAUAAGCGGCCUGAAGUGUCUGCGCCCAUGCCGUAUCACGGCGAGGGACAUGUUCGAUUUAAUUCGGGUACUAUCAAACGCGACAAUAUCUCGGGCCCCGUUCAACUUCUUUCCACUACUAAUAUGCUGGCCUACAACGCGCCUGAUCUAAGAUCUCCCAUCGGCUCAUCGGCAUCAUCCUUGCAAUCACGGGACGAUGAUUCUAUCUCUCCUCGUAGCCUUGCUUCCUCUAUCACCACUCAGGAUUCUUCCUCUCCAGUGGAACCCAACCCUCUGUCUGCAUAUUUCCCCAAGCGGUCUGCAACUGUGACUAGUACUGUUACCAGCCACCCGCGCUCUUCUACGCAAUCGUCUUCCUCGAUGUUGUUUGACAAUCCUCAGGCCCCAAGACGGGCCCUGUCGCAUACCAAGAAGUCACACCAAGAUCUUGCCCGCAAGCGCUCUCAGAGGAGGAUGUCGCCACCGCCACUGCACUCGCUGAACUCACCGCGUAGUAAUUCUACUACUCGCUUCUCACAUGAUAUGAUUCAGCCCGAAGUGCACCCAUUCAGCAAGGAACUGGAGCAAGUAAACGAGGUUGCCGAGGAAUUCGGCAACCUUCGCGGCAUGACUGAGGAGGAGCAAAUUCUUUUUACAAGGGGACUCAAGAAGUUCACCGCCAAUGAAUAUUUGGUGGAGAUUGAGAUUCUCUACAGCAAUAUUUUUAAUGAUGUACGGAAAGGAGCUCGUAUUGACACGAGCUCAUGGCUAUAA